UUGGCCCGCCGCCCGCCGUCAGCUGGCUGUUCACCUGUUCAAACGUUGGCUCCGACGGCAUCAAUCCAGCUCGUGAGUCCUCGCCAGCUCGAGAGCAGCCAUGCCGCACCAAAGCAGAUGCUCUCCCCAUACGCCGUCGUUAUCUACGUCCAUCAGGGUUCAUUGUCCCGGUGCUAUUUUCAGGCACGAUACUCGUUCGAGCAUAAGCUUGGACGAGUCUACAUAUCGCGAACCCACUCUUCGCCCACACGCCGGACGAUCUGCUCGGAGAUAAUGCCCUUCUACCGCAUCUGCCGCGUCCCAGGAGCGCGCCAGCAAUCUAAGUAUUCGACGGAUGGAUGGGUGGAUGGAUGGAUGGCUGCACAGUCGAGAGGUUGCAAGCGAAAUGACGGCCGUGGCCAUUGA